AAAAUGACAGCGUUUUUGUAAACUUAACCUGAGUGAGAUUAGUUUGCAAUAGAUUUGUCAAAUAAUACAUAUAUUAAAGAAAUCAUGUAAAUUACAUUUAUAAAAAAUAUAGUGAGUGUUUAGAUUGUCUACUUUAAGCAAGUUAGAGAAACGGAGAGUUUAAGUACAAUGGCCCCUGUACCUUUAGAGGGGCUACAAACUCCUGUGGCUAAUUCCGUUGCCCAGGGAGGACUAGGCGGACCUCAGGAAGGCAAUAGAGGUGGAAUGAUGUCGCUUGCAAUGCUUAUUGACUUUAUUGUGCAGCGAACCUAUCAUGAACUUACAGUGCUGGCGGAAUUGUUACCACGUAAGACUGAUAUGGAACGUAAAAUUGAGAUAUAUAAUUUUGCUACUAGGACAAGACAACUAUUUGUAAGACUUUUAGCUUUAGUGAAAUGGGCUAACAGUGCAUCGAAAGUUGAAAAAUCAGCACGAAUAAUGAGUUUCUUGGAUAAACAGUCCUUACAUUUUGUGGAAACUGCAGAUAUGUUGGCUAGAAUGGCAAGAGAAACUUUGGUACAAGCACGUCUACCAAAUUUUCACAUACCGGCUGCUGUGGAGGUAUUAACUACUGGUACUUAUGGACGUCUGCCUGCUUGUAUAAGGGAAAAGAUUGUACCUCCCGAUCCUAUAACUCCAAGUGAAAAGCGUAACACAUUGCUUCGGUUAAAUCAAGUCAUUCAGCAUCGACUUGUUACUGGAAAUUUGUUACCUCAAAUGAAGAAUCUUAAGAUUGAAAAUGGCAGAGUAACUUUUCAUGUUCAACACGAAUUUGAGGUCGCCUUAACUGUCAUGGGUGAUGGUCCUAAUAUUCCUUGGAGAUUACUUGAAAUUGACAUUUUAGUAGAGGAUAAAGAAACUGGAGAUGGAAAAGCGUUAGUCCACUCACUUCAAGUGCAAUAUAUUCAUCAACUGAUACAAAGCCGAUUGGUUGAUAAUCCCCAACCCUUAACAGAAGUCUACAAUUGCUUACAUUUCUUUUGUCAGUCGCUACAACUCGAGGUUUUAUACUCUCAGACCUUGAGAUUAAUGAGGGAUCGUCUUGACGAUCACAUUCAUGUUGAUGAAUAUAUCCCUGGUAAAUCUUUAACAGUUUCAUAUUGGCGGGAGUUAACUAGCAAAGGUAAGGAGCAAGCUAAUAAGGACCUGCGAUCGGAACUAGGCUAUAGAUUGACUGUACAAGUUGAUGUACACGAUCCAGCGAGACCUUUAGCAGUUUUGCAUAUACCUUCCUUGGGAAAUAAGGAAAGUGAAAUUGCCGAUAGAGCCAUAAGGUCCGAGGUGUUAUCUAUGGAGAGAUUGUUAGUGCACACGAUAUAUGUCAGAACUCGCAGCAGAUUGGGUGAUAUAAAAUUGGAACUUCAAGGAAUGCUUAAGGAUGUAGAAUGUAACUUACAGGGUUCCCCAGCAAUAUUAUCCGUAGCAAUACUCCAGCCCUGCCUAAGAGCUGAGCAAUUACUUAUUACCGUUGACACUCACACAGGUAUGUUGCAGUGUCACGUGCCUCAGUACGAUCCGCCUCUAAUUCCAGACCUUAAUAAUGCACUGAACGGUGAACAUUCAAAACUAUCGUUUCUCAUUGGAGAAUUAAGAUUUUGGAUUACACAGCGAAGAUGUGAAAAAACCCUACAACAUUUACCAGCAACGGCUCACGAAAGGUUGCCGUUGAUACAUCAAUCCGAUCAUCCCAUCACGAAAAUAGGAAGGCACCGAAUGUACAUCCAGCUACAUAGGCAUCCGAAUGUGGUACUGAUAGUAGAGUUAAACGAAAAGGAAAAUAGUCCUUGUGAAAUAGACUGUUCAUUUUUUAUGGCCGUGGUAAAACACUCUGGUGUAGAGGAUAAUUCUGCUGAUGAUAACAUGGAAACAGAAAUGCCCAAAGCAUUCCUAAAGGUUCAAACUCUAAUAGAAUUUGAUACAUUUGUUGCCACACAUGGACCGUUCACUAGUAUCGAUGGUUCUUGUGAUUCUGACCAUACCGAGCCAAACGUUCUAAAAAGAAAGGGAGGUAUGAAGCCCGAAUCUGCAACACGCAGGUCCAAACAACCCGCCUAUUUUGUGGCGGAAUUAGCCCAUGUUGUGGCUAUGUGCGAUGAAAGACUACCUUUUGUCACUUUAGCUAACGAACUGACGAAAAGGAACGUGUUUCAUCAGGGCCUGCAGGUGGAAGCCAAUGCUACCGGCUUGGUGCUAAAACUUAUCCAGUUGCCAUCUCCCACGAAAGAAAUUGGUAUUUCCCCCGCUUGGCAUGCUCUGCUGAAGAGGCUUUUAUCGGUUUCUAUUCGCGUUUUGAGUAAGGGGGUUCUUAAAAGUUGGAUGGUAGAGUUUGUUUUCUAUUCGACACCACUCUCGAGUACUCAUCCCAAAGAACAAGGCUCCAGACGUCCGAUAUACUUCCAAUACGAGAUGGCCACAAUCGACUGCACUUCAAAAACCGUCGACUCCCUCUUGAGCGACUGGAGCCAAAUCGUGCACCUCUACACUAUCGUACACGAUUUAAGUGAAUAUUUAAAAAUAGACAAAUACAGCUUCCUCUCAAAUAUGUUCUGCAUAAAAUCGUACAAUUACAGCAAGCUAAUUCUAUGCUAUGGUCCCGACAAGGGAGCGAUGGUCUCAGUCACGUGGAAUAACAAUGACAAAAUUUUUAAACUAGCAUUUGGGGCUACGAAUAACUCCCUCAAUGCUCAUUCUUUGAUACAGGAGCAGCUAGAAUCUCAUUUAAACGAACACAGAAACUUGGCCCAGAUAGUGCAGCUAUUGCACGAAACUUACGAGCCUCUCUUGUCAAUAAGCAAAUUACCUACUAUUCCUCAACUCGGAAUACAUAAUACUAGACCUCAAGUACCAGUACAAACUUUCACGAUAAUGCCCCAGUCUUGCACCUUGAUCCGUUUAGCCUACCAGGGCAUGUACUGUUUAGAGCUCAGAAUCCGUGGCGCUGGAUUGGUGUCUUUACGUGACGGUGCUUACAGCAGAUUUGAUCGCAGCAAUGUGGUAGAUGUCUUCUCGCCUACCCAAGGUUUAAAGGCGUUCUUAUCGAAGUAUGUUGAUGAGACGGCUGUGUUUAGGAGGCGAUCCCAGUCGGAAGACGACAAUCCUCCCUCUCCAAUGGAAGUAGAAGGAAGUGGAUUUCUUGGUCAUCACCGGGGUCCACAGUCUCCGGCAGGUCAACGUGAACCCGGCCUUCGUUUUCAUCCUCCUCUAACUCCACCCUCGGGUUCAAACCCUCAUACACCCGCAAGUCCUCACACUUCCAGCAUGAAUCAACCCACUACUCAUACCAGUUUCGGUUCCAGUCCAGCCACUUCCUUCAAUUUAGCUUCCCCUACGUCCCUACCAACAAACAUCAAUCCCAGUCCAAUGCCCCAUCCUAGCCCAAGUGGUUUGGUAGCUAAUUCCCCCCUAAAUCCACAAUUGGCUAGUCCCGGUGGACUUCUUAGUAAUUCUUCGCCAGGACCGCAGCCUACGAGUCUCCCAGGUCAUUCUCCCGUGAGCAGUUUUAUACCAACAGGUCAUACGGACGGCAGCCCAUUUCCUUCUCAAAGCAUGUCGUCUCCUGCCGCCUCAAACUGGCCUGGGUCACCCGGUAUGCCCAGACCGUCUCCAGCACGGCCAGGACAAUCUCCCGGAGGUCACUCCAUCAUGCACAGCCCACAGCAGUCUGAUCUCAAGAUCGGCAGUCACUUGUCGAGGGUGCUGCCUCAACGUUCGUGGGCAGGUGCCGUACCGACGUUGCUCACUCACGAAGCACUCGAGAUUCUCUGCUGUCCGUCACCUCAUCCACAGAUGCUUCCCGGACCAGAAUUGGCUCCUUUGGAGAGGUUCCUCGGUUGCGUGUAUAUGAGGAGGCAGCUGCAUCGAUUCAUCCACAAUGAAAACUAUCUUACAGCGAUUCCCAACACCGAACCGGGUGUUAUCCAUUUCAAAGUCGCCGAAACGUUACAAUGCCGCAUUGGCCUGAACACACAGCACUUGCAAAGUUUGCACCUGAAGAUAACCCCAUUACCCGAGCACAAAGACGUAUGGUCUCAAGAAGAACUACAGAUUUUGGAAAAAUUCUUCGAUACCCGAGCAGCUGCGCCACCGUAUAAACCAACGUCUAUGUUCACGUUCUGUAACAUGCUCAAUGUACCCGUGAACGUCCUCAAAGACUUUAUACAAAUUAUGAAGUUGGAGCUCAUGCCGGGCCUUGUGCAGUCCCAGGGAAUGAAGUGGUCAGUACAGUGGAUGCUGAGGGUGCCACCUUCUGCACCUCCCAUCGUCCCGACUGGAAUGACUGGAGUGCUGGCGUUCAAGGCGAAAGUGUUGUUCUUUUUGCAAAUAACAAGAAUAGGCAUCCAAUACCCACCCAACAUGGAGCCCCCCUCGAUAGUUCUUCCCCUGAUAUACGACAUUGGGGCGAACGUUACACAGCUGGCUGAGAAACGUGAAACAGGACCCGUACCCGCCAUGACCGCAGCAAGUCAGCUACUAAAACACUUCAGUCAGUUCCAGCCAAAUAUGUCGGAAUGUUCUGUUUUCCCCGCAAUUCGAGAGCUGCUCUUAAAUCUUACUUUGCCUUCGGAACCCCAACAGCCAAGUCCGGCUCCCGGAGGGGUACAGCAAAUACAAUCCCCAGCUAUGCAAAUGCCAGGACAGGGUGGCCAACCGGGUUAUGCCGUUAACAUGCCGAUGGGCAUGAUGGGACCUCAGUAAUUUAUUUAAAUAUUUGUUACAUACUCUCGUAUACUUGUAAAUAUUUUUUGAAUAAAAAUAUGAUUU